AAAAAAACUGGUACAUGGGAAUUUUUUAUUCAUUUCAGAACAGUGUUUAUAAGCUGCACUAACAUAAUGUGACGGUGUGAUGAAAUGUGUGUGUGUGUGUGUGUGUGUACACCCGUGUGAUGAAAAAUGUAGAGAUCACACCCGUGCGAGAGAGAGAGUGAGAGUGAGAGAGAGAGAGAGAGAGAGAGAGAGAGACAGAGAGCAUCUUGAAAGCCCCCACAUUGCUUGUGUGUCGUGAACAUUUUUUGGAGCCUCUGGAAAAAAAAGGAAAGAAGAAAAAAGUGGGACUGUGAAGUGACAGAAAUGAUGUGAUGGAGAGCCAAGAGGCGGCACCGAGCGUUUGAUAUGCCUGAUUUUGGGGCCAGUAUGCCGGCGUUUUUUUCAAAUCCGUGCACCGUGAGAUUUUGUCGAAUAACGGGAGACCUGCACAGCUGCUGCCGGUAUGUGAGCGACUUCACACACUGAAGGUAAUAACAUUAAUAAAAAAAAACCCGGCUCUGGUGUUUGCUCUUGAAUUUCUGUUUCCUCUCCCUCUCUUUUUCUCUUGCAUCAAUUUGAUGCUGCGUGAGGCUGCUGGGCGAUGAUGCAUCGGUGGGGUUCGACUGUGUGAAUUCGCAUCUUAUCAAGUCUAUUCACCCUGCUCGGACUUCGGCAAUGUAAAUUCGAGCAAUCAAACCAGUUUUUUAUUCUUGCUGACCCACCUUGCGACAAAAGAAAGAAUAUGCCUUAUUUCGACGCGAGGUGCGAGGAUGCCUGUAGCUGUGAUUGUGUCAUUGCUGCGGCACACUCCGGAGCUCCUCGGCUCAAGACAGACACAACUAACCUCAGCUGAAGAGAAGACAGCGAGCUAUCAAGUGCUUUACCACCCCGACGUAAGCCAUACGAGCCCCGUGCAUGUAUGUGGGAGAAGGCCGAGCUGCUGCUGUUGCUGCUGCUGACACUCUCCAGGGAGGCUUCUGUUGCUCGGAGGUUUGGGGGCUUCCCAAGAACUGCCACAUCCCCAAAUCCGUUUGAGGACUGCUGAGAGCUUACAAGCUUCCUGAUGCUUUUUGGAGGGCAGCCCUGAUGCAUCUUGUGAGCGUGAAAACUCAGAGAGCCCUUUUGCCAGGUUUGCAUCACCACCAGACAGGAGACAGAGCAGACGGUAACUCUGUGUGUGUCAUGUUAGAGGCUGGACUCUCGCCUGCUCCCUCCUGCUCUCAGCCAAAAUCUCUGACCUGCCCUGUCUGAGGCCCUUUUUGUGUACGAGCAUCACUUGCUUCAACAAGCCAGAACAGCACAACGGGAAACAGUGGCAAGCAGCACCAACAGUUUGCAGACAUUACUGUUUGUGUGACCCCCCCAACAUCCCUCUAUCAAAAUAAGAGCCCCCGGAAACCAGGGUCAGGAUGCAGGUGUCUUUCGCCUGCACCGAGCACAACCUCAAGAGUCGCAGUGAGGACCGGCUUUGUGGCCUUCGCACCGCUCCACCUCCUGGAGGAAGCAGUGGAGGAGUAGGGGGAGGCGGUGGAGGAGGAGGAGGUGGUGGUGGUGGUAGUGGAGGAGGAGGAGGCGGAGGUGGUAGUGGAGGAGGAGGUAGUGGACAAGGGAGUAAUGGCAACUACAUGUCCCAAGGUUCGGUCAAGACCAGGGAGGGUCCCGGGUCCCGGCAGACUCCACAGGGCCAUGCCCACAUGAAGGAGGCCAUCGGGCGCCACACCAGUAUGAAGUACAGGAACCUGGGGAAAUCAGGCCUACGUGUUUCCUGCCUCGGGUUAGGCACCUGGGUGACAUUUGGAUCACAGAUCUCUGAUGAGAUGGCAGAGAACUUGAUGGCCAUAGCUUAUGAGAACGGAGUGAACCUGUUUGACACAGCAGAGGUGUACGCCUCUGGAAGGGCGGAAAUCACUCUAGGGAACAUCAUCAAGAAGAAAGGAUGGAGGCGUUCAAGUUUUGUCAUCACAACGAAAAUCUACUGGGGAGGCCAAGCGGAGACAGAGCGAGGACUCUCCAGAAAGCACAUUAUUGAAGGUUUAAGAGGAUCCUUAUCAAGACUCCAGCUAGAUUAUGUGGACAUCGUUUUUGCCAACAGAAACGAUGUUAACAGCCCAAUGGAAGAGAUUGUACGGGCCAUGACGUUUGUAAUAAACCAGGGCAUGGCCAUGUACUGGGGAACAUCACGCUGGAGUGCCAUGGAAAUCAUGAGAUUAUGCAGGCCAUCUACUGUUUCUAUGGCAGACAGACUGGGCUGCACUGCUGCACAGUUAGCCAUAGCCUGGUGUCUGCGCAGUGAGGGAGUCAGCUCAGUACUUCUGGGUGUUUCUAAUACAGACCAGCUACUUGAGAACCUGGGUGCCCUACGGAUUUUAUCCCAAAUGACCCCUCAAACCAUUACCGAGAUUGAUGCCCUGCUGGGAAACAAGCCACACUCCAAGAAAGAGCUGCGCGCCUGAAGAUGCAAAUCUGAGUGACAGAUGAUGUUUCGAGAAGACGAAGAAGACAAUGACAUUGGGAAACAUCGCUUUUUGCUCUGCUGUAUACUCAACAACUUGCAUGUCCUUGGCAACAUUAUGCUUCCAGUAUGUGCGCAUAUCCAUUUUGCGCAAUACAUUGUAUCAUGUAUGAAAAAAAAAGAAGAUCUCUCAAUCGUGAAAAAAAAAAAAAAAACAGGUCAUAUAUUGCUCACUGCCGAUUGUUCACAGACUAAUUAUUUCCACAGAGGGGGAGGAUGGUUGGAGCAACAGGUCUCUGCCAUCCAAAGAGACCAAGAGAUGUGAAAAGAUAUUCAACUAUUGUCAAAGCAGAUUUGACUCUCGUUAAUCAGAUGUUCUAAAGCGGGG